UUAUAACUGCGCAGCGCUGCACCGGAAGGAAGUGGGUGUUAGCUGACUGACGUUAGCGAGCUACUAUUAUAAAGUCUGCUGCGGGUUCUAUGGAAGAGAUGUCAGGAGAGAGUGUGGUGAGCUCGGCAGUGCCGGCAGCUACAACCCGGACUACAUCCUUCAAGGGAUCCAGCCCCAGCUCUAAAUAUGUGAAGUUAAAUGUGGGUGGGGCACUGUACUACACUACAAUGCAGACACUAACCAAACAGGACACAAUGCUUAAAGCCAUGUUCAGUGGCAGGAUGGAGGUCCUCACAGACAGUGAAGGUUGGAUUUUGAUUGAUCGCUGUGGAAAACAUUUUGGAACAAUCCUUAACUACCUUAGAGAUGGAGCAGUGCCACUCCCAGACAGCCGACGGGAAACUGAGGAGCUGCUCGCUGAGGCCAAGUAUUAUCUUGUCCAAGGCCUCGCUGAUGAAUGCACAGCUGCCUUGCAGGUACCAUCACAACAGAGGGCA